GGCGUCACGGUGAGACCCGGAGGAGCAGCCGCCGCAUGAGUGGCGAGGGACCGCGUUCCUGUCUCUGUAGCUGGAGAAGCCUGGAAGAUGAUCUGGCCCAACAUCGCUUUCUUCUCAGAGGAAGGGCCCUCCAAGACCGGGGAGGGGCCGGUGGGCGGGUCCCGGUCCAAAACGUGUUUGGGCUGCUCCGAGAGGCACCCAGUGAAGGGAGGGAGGGGACGUCCGAAGGGUGGCCCAGGAAACCGGGCGAUGGUGAGGGGGCGCCCCCUCUCCACCAAUCCAGAUCCUCCCCAUCCAUGCGGGCUCCGGACAGACCCUCCCCCACCCAUCCCAGGCCGGAAAGUCGACAUUGUCUGCACCUCUCCCACCCGUGUCGGUUUCACCACUGACUAGGAUCUACCCCUCUGAACCUCGCUUUUCCCAUCUGAAAAAUGGAACUUCCGAUCCCUCCCUCCCAUCCCACUCUGGCUCCAGGACUCUGGGAUGUUUAGAGAUUAGCUUUUGGUGGGGCGGCUACAGGACUAUGGCUAUGAAGGCCGGGGAGUCUGGGUUCCCAACUCGGUCCCAUUCCCUAGGGAGAUUCGGGCAGCAACCCGCCUGGCAAUGUCCUUAAGAACUACAUUUCCCGAAAUGCAAAGGGGAGAAGGCGGUUCCUGCUAGUCUCGGGCCACGUGGGGCCUGAAACCUGAGCCGGCCUGGGAACUACAACUCCCGGCGUGCUCCGCGGUCCAAAACCGGAAAGCGUCACCCGGAACCGGAUGUGGCUUGCGGCUCUGGUGACUGAGUGCCGGGUGAAAUGGCCACGGGGACAGACCAGGUGGUGGGACUCGGCCUCGUCGCCGUUAGCCUGAUCAUCUUCACCUACUACACCGCCUGGGUGAUUCUCUUGCCAUUCAUCGACAGCCAGCAUGUCAUCCACAAGUAUUUCCUGCCCCGCGCCUAUGCUGUCGCCAUCCCGCUGGCCGCAGGCCUCCUGCUACUCCUGUUUGUGGGACUGUUCAUCACCUACGUGAUGCUGAAGAGUAAGAGGGUGACCAAGAAGACUCAGUGAAGGUCCUGCGAGGAUGAGGCUGCCAGCCCCUUCUCUGCCUCCCCUCCAGGGCAGGGACCGAGCAGGGGAGCCUGCAGAACCUUCCCAGGCACAGUGACGCCCCAAGCCUGGCUGUCCUGCAGAGUCCCCAUGGCAUGGAACUUAGCCCUGACUGACUGGAGCCCCCUCCCCUGCUCUCCCUUCCAGAAAAUAGGAGGGAGGGACACCUGGAAGACUCUGGUCACCCCCUUCUUGCCCAGGGCCUGAAAGAUGCUAGUCCUCCCGACCUCACUCUCAGACUCCCUGCCACCUUUUCCCCUGGGUUCUGCCAUCAUGCCGCAUUUCCCCUCUUGUCACAUGCUAACAUUGAACUUAGCAGUUUCUAAGGUCGCAUGUGUGACCUCUGACCUCUCCCCACAAGCCCUCUCCUCCACCAAGGCAACUUUCCUUAGCCUGACACAGCCCCACACCCCACAAGCCCUUCUGGACCUGGAAAGCCUGGUGAAGGACUGACAGACCCCAGGACCACACGUAGGGCUCAGGGCACAUUAUGGCAGCCACCCUGGGCCCACUGACCGACCACUCCUCAUGGAGGCCCAGCCCCCCCAACCCCAGAGCUGGCCUGUUUGGGAGAGCUGACCAAUAAAUGCUGACUGAUUGUGU